AUGCAGCUAGCAGCGAUCCUUCGCAGCCUGCAUAUCACCACCUCAAUUCGAGAUGUCAACUGCACAACGUUGGGCUGGAGCAUUCUAGCGCACCAUGCAUCGUUCGGUAGCGACUGCUGCAUUGGGCACAAGGCAGGCUUCAGUCACCGGAUCAAAGUCUCCAGCGAGAUCCUCAACUGUUGGUUAUCAUUGACGAACAACUACUGGAAACCCAUUCUUCUACUCCAGAAGACCUGUCUUCGUUCGAAACUGCCUGAGGUGCGGGCUCCCUCUUUUGUCGAAUUUGUUAUUCGGCCCUCCAAGCAACAAGCUACCGAGACAUGA